AUGUUUAACCGUGAGCUACACAGAAAUAUAUUGACUUUUGUUACAGUUGAUUUCCUAGUCGGAAAACUGAGGUUGCGCGUGCACCGCCCUUGUUAUCCACAAGAAAUCCUUACCUGUGUGUUAAAAGAUCUCGGCCAAACCAAUCCUCUUGAAACUGUCGGGCGAGCACAGCGUGACACACCACGAACCCCUUCAGCCAGUAGUGAUGCAGUCCGUCGAGCCCCGGACUUUUCCAGUUCGGGGCCCUACGGACCGCCUCAGCUACGUCAUCCGGCGUUAUGA